AAGCAUCGGCAGUCAUCAGUAGGAAGGCAGGUGAAGCGGCAGCAUCAUUCUGAGUCCAGAUAUUUCUAAACUAGAGCUGCAAGAAGUUAGGAGUCGUCUUUCUGAAGCGGGCACAGCCUGGACUGUAUCUAAAUCUCUGAAUAUUUCAGACGAGUCGAGGCCCGGCGAUUGAAGCUUCGUUGUCAGAAUGUGUUCGGGCGGCUUCGCUAAAUGUCUGGGCAUCAGCCUGAUGCCUCUCGCCAUCGUGUGUGUGCUCUGCAACAUCCUGCUCUUCUUCCCCGGCGGGAAGGUUGUGGAUAAGGACAACAUCACAGACGAGGUCUGGUACUUUGGAGGCCUAUUGGGAUCUGGUGUGCUGAUGAUCUUCCCAGCUCUCGUCUUCCUGGGUUUGAAGAACAAUGACUGCUGCGGUUGCUGUGGAAACGAAAGCUGUGGGCGGAGAUUUGCGAUGCUGAGCUCCCUACUGUUUGCAGCUGUUGGUGCGCUUGGUGCAGGUUACUCAGUUGUAGUUUCAUGUGUAGCUAUCAACAAGGGGCCGCUCUGUUUUGUAGUUGACCCUCUGGACGUCAACCAAACAGAAUGGAAAUACCCUUUCGACAAUGGAGACUACCUGAGGAACCACACUCUCUGGAGUGAGUGCAAAGAGCCAACAAAUGUGGUUUCCUGGCACCUGGGCCUGUUCUGCGUGCUGCUGGUGAUGGGUUUAAUCCAGAUCGCUCUGUGCGCCGUGCAGGUGAUAAACGGCCUGCUGGGGGCGCUGUGUGGAGACUGCUGCGGCUGCUGCGGAGGGAGCGAUGGAGCCGUAUAAGCGCCUCCUGUGGAUGAAGACAGAUGGCUGCCCCAUAUUUAUUCUCCUUCCUCAGGAUGACUUUUAUGCAUCAUCUAACUGCUGAAGAGCUUAUUGAUUACAGUGUGUCGUCUGAAAACACUGCAAAAAUGACAGAGCUCUUUUUACGUUCUUAGUUUACUUUCUUCUUGCAGACUCUUAUGACUAUGUAUUAUUACUAUUAUUGAUAAUAUAAAGGUGAAUCUGCUGUAUAUUGUUAUUUUCUGAUUGUCUAUCUGCUAUAUGUAUUUAUUUCGUUUCAUGGCUUUGUUGUUUGUUUUUAUUUUCUCCCCAGUUGCUCCUAGACAUUAAUGCUUUAUGAAGUAACAUGACUGCACCCUUGUGGGCUUCAUUCGCAAAAGAUUUUAUUGUACUUUACAUAGUAAUUAUUGCAGUUUUUCUCAGUCACUUUGGUGCAUUUCUCUCUUUGCAAAAACAUAAGAACAUUCUCAGAACAAUUUGUACAAACCGUAAAACACCAUGGAUUAACUGCAAAUGUCAGUUUAUUUUUCAGAAUCCUUAGUUUAUAACUCAAAAAUUAAAUAUUUGCAUCAACAAACAUGUUUGGAUAAAAUUCACAUCUGCUCUUUUACUGUAAUUUUUGACAGAUCAUGUUAUUGUGAAAAGACAGUCCUGCAUAUUAAGAUUUACAUGACAAAUUUACGCUUAAAUGUUGUGGAGUUUCAGAAUAUUUAAUAGAAAGCUACAUAAAUACUUUUGAUCAGCAUGAUAACAUGAUGACGAAUCAUGUUAUCAGAAUUUCAAAUCUGUUCUGAGAAAUGAAACAAAACAGAGAAAAAUGUAAAAAAUAAAUAAAAAUAAAAUUAAAAAAGGUUUUGUCUGAAUAUGCUGUAGUAACAGAAAUUUCAUGCAUUUACUUUAUUCUCUUAUUACAAAUUUGGGAUAUUAUUGGAUUUCUCUUUUACAUACAUAAUGCUGCAUUCCAGUUACACUUUAAACUGGGAAAUUUCGAAAAUCAACUGGAACGCCCUCUGAAGUCAGAUUUUCCAUUGGGAAACUGGGCACCACUCUCCCAGCUAGGAUUUUUAAGGCGAACUUCCCGUUUCAAUAUGGCUGCUCCUCACAUCUACUGUAAUAUGAUGCGGUGGAAACGUGUUUAUUUUACAAGACUCAAGAUGUAAAAGUGCGUCUAAAUAAUGCACAAUUCUACAUGUAACGCCUUCAACUCUAAACUGAAAACUCGUGGUGUUUGCUGAUGGAAAAUAAAGCUUAAAAC